AUGGAUCAAACCUUGGAAACUACUGAGGCAGUAUUAACCAGUACGCCUGUAAGUCAGUACAAGAAAGAUACUACAGAUAAUCAAAGAACUACCACCUCACCGAUGAGCACAGAACCGACAACCCAUGAAAACCCAACGACCGAUUACAGUACUUCAACACUUCGUACAUCAACAUCAUCUCAUACAACUAUAGAACCUCCACAAAGUACAACCUUCUCAUCCACUUUGGAUGAAACGACUACUCCAUACGGCACGACAAUCAAACCUUUUUCAACUACUAAAGAAAGCUCCAAAAACAUUAUUGCAACCAAGGCCAAUGCUGAGACAGACAUGGAAGCACCAAGCAUCUCACUUCCUUACAAAGCUGCGAAAUCCAGAGACUACAUUCGCUCUCAUUGGAUGCUUAGUCAAUCUGGAUGA